AUGCGCGAUGUUAUGAGAUUCUACACUGGACUAGUGGAACGAUGUUUCAACGACUGUGUGAACGAUUUUACAUCUAAAGUAUUGAGCUCGAAAGAGGUGCGCAAAAUGUCAAUGAUGCAAAAGGAGAUUAUGCUUGAUACGGAGACUUGUGUUCUUCGCUGCACCGAAAAGUUCAUCAAAUAUAACGAGCGAGUUGGACAACGGUGGGCCGAAAUGAACCAACAGUUGGCGCAAGCUCAGAACCUGCAGGGAACACCGUUUCCUAAAUGA